AUGGACCACAACGGUCUGGCACAGGCCCUCCUGCUCGCACCCACUCUGAGGAACGAGAGCGCCGAUAUCAGCGUGAAGGACAGUCACCUCUUUCAAGCAAGCAACUCCGUCAAUGAAUUCCAUCCUCAAAAGCCGGGGACUCGUGGCGCUGCAUGGCGUUAUGAAAACAAGCCCGUCAAUUCUCUCCGCAGUGGCAACAUGAUCGGGAGAAUUCUCGUGGCUAAACAAUCGUCCACUGUGCCGGUGCCAGAUCUGGCAAAGAGAAUUGAUAUGGUUGUGAAGGCUGUUCGUGUUGUUCAAGACGAUCCCAAUUGGACGUGUCGCAUAUGGGUGGAGGAGGCAUUGGAUGCUUUGCGAGCCCUUGGAGAUCAGUUCGCAGUAAUCCCGGAGGUAACCAAUGGAGGUGCUGUGGAGAAUCGCAUCCUAGAGUUUGGGAAGGAGGCGAUGGAAAAAAUCAGAAAUUCAACCAAGAACCUCCUGCAUGCCAGGGACUUGCCGCACAAGGACAUGCGCGUCGGUUGA